CUGACACGUAUCGCUGGGACGUGCAAGAUGCAGUCGCGCCGGAUAUACUGAGCCGUUUUAAGGAAAGUAUCGAUGUCCAGAGGAAGGUCGUGAAAAUGUACGUACUUACGAGGUUGAGCACGGCAUGAGCGUAACCGGCGCGAGGGAGCGAAAGAGUGAGAAAGAGCAAAGGUAAGCCGGAUACUAGAAAGAAAUACCGUUCGGGAGAACGAGCGGGUUGGCGAUUCGGCGAUAGAGAAGCGUAAGAAAGGAAAGAAGAUAGAAAGAUCGGAGCAGAGCGGCGGCCGUGUCGCUGCGAGCUGUCAGAAUCGGUCGGUUGUACAGAGACGAGAGUGUAUAACCUAUAUCCGAUACGCCGCGGCGCUGUUACAUUCUCCGUGCCUCCUCCCCGGCGGGUGGCGGCCGCACCUCCUCCUUCUCACCGAUUUUAAUCUCGUUAGCGGACACGUGCGCGCCCCCGCGCCUACAGACCGCUAUACGACGACGUACUGUGUCGGGGCUUCGCCAAUCUGGUUUGGUCUAACAGGAUUCUCGAGCGACCGAGGGUUGAUAAAAGGCUGCGUACUGAGCGGGCGCGGCGCGAAUCGCAGGAGGAGUUGCUCCGUUCGAGGUGGUGCAAGCGCUCCGUGCAGCAGCGGCAAUAACAGCAGACGACCUCGUCAUCAUCUUCUGUUCUGUCGUCCCCCCGGUUCGUUGUUUCCGUCUACGUCGUCCCCGUAAUCUUGUCUUGUCGUUUGGCAUACGUCGGCCGUCGCGUGUGCGCGCACACGGUGCAUAUUCAGUGCGAAUCCAUCCCGUCGCGUGUGCGAUACAGAAAGAGCGAGCCGUAGAGAGAAUCGAAGAAAAAAGAGAGACAGGGAACGGUAAAGAAACAGAGAGGGGGUGAGAGAGAGAAAGAGGAUCGAGGGCGAGAGGAGGAAAGAGAUAGAGCGCCGGUGGGUUACCACACCCAACCGCGCCGGGAACCGAGUGAACGAGUGAACGAGUCGUACGAGAGCUCUCUCGCGAGGUACAGCGAGGGACCUAGGGACCGACGAUCGAGAUUCGACGGAGCACGGUCGGGACUCUAGAUCUCGAUCCAACCGGACCUCGCUCCCGUGGAAUUCGUCUCUCGCACGGGAAUCGUCGAAAUCCGCGCCGCGAGCGAAUCGCUCGGACCGUGUGUGUGCGCGCGUGUCUCAUCUCGUUUCGUCGACCUCUGUCGCGAGUGCGUCUCGGCGACGAAAACGUGGUUCGAAAUCGCACGUCGUCGUAGCAAGGUACGAGAGAGAAAUUAACGAGAAGCGAAAUAGGAGAGGAGAAACAAGAGGGCAGACAAGCUGCCGGCCGAAGUUCGUGCGUGUGCGUACAUGUGUUGAUGUGUCGCUGGCGUCGUCGAGCCCUGCCAAGAGUGUUCCGUCGCCGCGUGUACCGACGUCGUUGAGAAUACGAGGGAUCUAACCGUAGACGCGGUCGAGUCCUACGUCGUCGUCGCCCGUGGACAAGUGGUUGUGUGAAGCGUGGUGGUGAACGGGGGUAGUGUUUGGUGCGGACGAUCGUGAAAAAGGGUUUCUUCGUCGGUCUCGUCGUUACGAGGUGCGAAAGGGGAACCACGAGGACGGCGACGAGGCAUCGUCGCUUGUUCGCGGUGGCAAGGUAAUAUCGGCCCGACGACGAUACCGUGCAGUCGAGCCUGCUGCCGUCCACAACAAACCUCGUCGCUCGGCGAUCUCUCGCUACCACCGCAAAUCGCUUCUUCCCUCUUUCCCUUCCUCCCUUCCUCCCCCUCUUCCUUUUCCUUUUCCUUCUCCUGUUCCUUCUCAUUUUUUCCCUCUCUCGCUCCUUCGUACGUCGAGGAUCCUGCCGUCCUGAGCCAUGGCGUGCUGCCUGUCGGAAGAGGCGAAGGAGCAGAAACGUAUCAAUCAGGAGAUCGAGCGGCAACUUCGAAAGGACAAGCGCGAUGCCAGGCGGGAACUCAAGCUGCUUCUUCUCGGUACUGGUGAAUCUGGGAAAUCGACUUUUAUCAAACAGAUGAGAAUUAUCCACGGGUCCGGGUACUCAGACGAGGACAAGAGGGGGUUCAUAAAACUUGUGUACCAGAACAUUUUCAUGGCCAUGCAAUCCAUGAUUCGAGCGAUGGACCUUCUCAGGAUCGAGUACGGCGAUUCAACGAAUAUAGAAAAAGCAGAACUCGUACGUGUCGUGGAUUUCGAAACGGUUACAACGUUCGAAAGUCCAUAUGUAGAAGCAAUUAAGGAUUUAUGGGCAGAUUCUGGCAUCCAGGAGUGUUACGAUCGCAGGCGAGAAUAUCAACUCACAGACUCCGCUAAAUAUUAUCUUAGUGACCUAGAGCGUAUCGAAAAACCCGACUUCCUUCCUACUGAACAAGACAUUCUUCGGGCUCGAGCUCCUACUACUGGCAUUAUAGAAUAUCCGUUUGAUCUGGACUCCAUCAUAUUUAGGAUGGUAGAUGUUGGUGGACAGAGAUCAGAAAGAAGAAAGUGGAUUCAUUGUUUCGAAAAUGUCACCUCCAUUAUCUUUUUAGUAGCUUUAAGUGAAUAUGAUCAAAUCUUAUUUGAGUCGGAAAAUGAGAAUCGAAUGGAAGAAAGUAAGGCAUUGUUCAAAACAAUUAUUACAUAUCCUUGGUUUCAACACUCCUCUGUUAUUUUGUUCCUAAACAAAAAAGAUCUGCUCGAAGAGAAGAUUAUGUAUUCCCAUCUUGUUGACUAUUUUCCUGAAUACGAUGGCCCUAAACAGCAAGAUGUACCGGCCAGGGAAUUCAUCUUAAAGGUUUAUCUCAGUUCGAAUCCUGAUCCUGACCGCAUGUGCUACUCUCACUUUACGUGUGCGACAGGGCAACCGAGGAGUGCCCUAGCUGCUAGAGAAUUCAUUUUGAGGAUGUUUGUCGAUUUGAAUCCAGACACGGAGAAGAUUAUUUAUUCACACUUCACGUGUGCCACAGACACAGAGAACAUCAGAUUUGUAUUUGCAGCAGUAAAGGACACCAUUCUACAAUCUAACUUAAAAGAAUACAAUCUGGUUUAGAUGGCAAUACGUAAAAAAACCUCAGAAUGGACUAAAAAAUUUUUCUUAUACCCUGACCAAGGUAUCAGUGAACUCUGUUUAGCUAAAAACGGAGAGGAUAAGAGAAAGGCAGAAAAUAAACAAUAACUUGUGGUGCCAUCAGCAUAUUGCCGCUGCCCCAUUACAAGUGUACCAACUAUCGAUUAGUAAAAUUUAUGGCGGAGGUAACAGCGAUGAGAAAAACAUGGACCUAAAUCGGAGCGUGUUAUACGUUCUUUCCUAACCUUUUCACUGUCAAUACCAACAAAUUGAUUUAGUUUCGUACUCUUGUUUGUUGAAUUUGUUACCUUUUUUUAUAGAUUAGUUUAGUCAAUCAUGCCUGGCUGACUGCGUAAUCAUCUGAUUUUUUAUAUAACGAUACCAACAAACAACACGUAAAUAAGCAUAUAAGAUAGAGUGCAGCCAUGCCAUACAAAUGUCUGUCCAAGUGUAUGUCUAAAAUCGAGAGAUCUCAGCAAGAAACCGAAGCGACGAAGGACAAAAUGCUUUUUGAUCACAAAGUAGUCGGUGACACAAGUGAGAGCAAUUCUAGUGCCAUUUACUAGUGCGGUGUUUUUAUUCCAGUCCCUUCUUAGAUGCAAAAGCCAAAGUGUUUAGUUUCUUUUAAUCCGUGCCAGAAGCGAAUUAAAAGUUUUUUCUGCAUGCGACUCAAAUUCAUAAUUCAUCAUAUAAAUAUUGUUAUAUAUAAUAUAUGAAAAUGAAACAUAGGUUAGCAUCAAAAGAGAGCAAGAUAAAGCCAGCAGGAAGGAAAUUUUAUUCCCCUUCAAUAUUAAGGAAAUUAUUAGAAAACGACAUCUGUUCGAUGUGACUUUAGAUAAUUAGGAGAUGAGAGGUUGCACGUUUCCCCCUGCCAUCUCUCGUCUCCAUAGGCUGUGUACAGAAACGUGAGGGCUGCGAUCUCAUGCCAUACAAACUAUAAUCUUACGAUUUCUAAGUGACAUAAGAAUCUUAAUCAUAACGAUGGCUUUUCCUUUCAUCCAGCCCUCGCUUUGUUGGCACAGCGUUUGCGUAGCAAGGGACACGGUUAAAAAACUAAUGCCCCCUGGCAUGCAUUGUAUCCACAUUACAGUGUACGUAUGUAUGACCUGCUCACUGCCUGCGCUCGCUCAUGGUAGCUAAGCGCCGCUGCCCAUUGCUCGUAAAUUUCCCCAACGAAUCGACUAAACCUAACGUUUCUGCCAUCUUUACCGGUGUUUCGCUUGUAAGAACAUUCGUAACGAAGGUGGUAGAAACUGGCACGUACCCCAGAGAGUACACGCACAAUAAACUCCACCCCGGUGUUGGUCGGAUUUGUAACGCAGAGUGUAGACAUUUGUACGCAUGCUAUCCGAAUGUCUAACUCUGACAGUGCUGACACUGCACGCACAUUGGGCAGCCAUAUGUCAUACCUACUUUGGUUAAAAACACUGAGUUUAUAUUGAAAGAAAAAAGAAAAAAAAAAUAUAUAUAAAUACAUUGGAUAAAAUAUAAUAUUAAGAGAUAAUAACAAAUAAUAUUGAAUAAUAAUAAUAAUAAUUAUUAAUAAUAGUAAUAAUAAUAAUAAUUAUUAAUAAUAAUACUGCUUGGUUUUCAGUGAGAGUGUGCGUGAAUUUAAGCGAACGGAUGGCUGCUGCGCGGGAGGGUAAACAAACGUUGUAUUUCAAGUGCAAAACGAUGCUAGUGAGAAAAAAUGAUAGUACAAGUGAGAGGGAGAGGGUAGAGAGAGAGAGAGUGUG